ACGGGUACGGUACGAAACGAAAACGUCAAACAAAACGAAAACAUACUUAAACAAAAUGGCUGAAGGAAGGAAAGACAGUUCCAGUGGACACCACAGAUAUUAUACCAGAAGAUCAAGAAAGCCUAAAGAACCAGCAAUAGUUUUGCUAUCCGAUUCUUCUUCCAGCGAAUCAAAUGAUGAAGAAGUUCCAAACGUCAGCUGUGACCAGCCAUCUCUCAAGUCAGGUGUGUUGCCAAAAAACAGUAUUGAUAACCCCGAGCUGACACCAGAAUGCCCAGUUUGUCUCCAGCCAUGUAUCCACCCAGCAAGGCUUCCAUGCGGACACAUUUUCUGUUUCCUCUGCCUAAAGGGCAUUGCUCAACAAAGUCGUAGAUGUGCCAUGUGUCGCCAAGAAAUCUCUCCUGACUAUCUCGAUAGGCCGGAUCUACUUCAAAUACCCGAAAAUCCAAUAGCAAAAGAGGCAGAAUCAGAAGACGCAUACCAAUGGUUUUACGAAGGGCGAAAUGGUUGGUGGCAGUACGAUGAGCGAACCAGCAAAGAACUAGAAGCGUCUUACAAAAGUGGGAUUCGAACCUGUGAACUCCUCAUCGCUGGGUUCUUGUACACAGCUGACUUUGACGCGAUGGUUCAGAUUCGACGAAAUGAGCCUCAUCGACGCCGUAGAAUCAAGCGAGAUUUGAAUACCAUUCCGUCUAAAGGAAUUGCUGGUAUUCGAAGUGUUGUUAAUGUUGAUACUGUGUCAGAACAGUUAAGCUCAUUGACACUAAGUGACAGUCCAAUAGAACAAGACGAGGCUUAAAACUUCUUGCUGAACUGUGAUCUAUGGUUUCAUGACCGAUUUUGUACAUAUGUAUAGAUUUAUGUCAAAUGGCUGUACUCCUAUAUGGUAUUGGUUUAUAAGUUAUAGGAUUUUGGUAGUUAUGUUUGUGAUAACCUGCUUAUAAACUAUUAAAUAAGUUAUUGAACUAGA